AUGGGGAAUCGAAUAAUGCAUCGCAUGGAUGGAGGGAUGGAUGAGAAAGGAGGAAGCAACAGCGAGGGAACGGAAGGGGCGGGGUUGCCUGUAUUGCUGAUUCUGGGCAAGGCGCUGCGCAUCGUGCUGACGUACGCCAGGGACGAGAAUCUGGGGGCUCUGGGCGGCAAGGAGGCCAUCCAGUCGCCCUCCGCAUCGCUCGCCACCCACUCAUUCGCCAUCGAGUCUUUCCAUGAGGACGUUUUGAAGAGGAUACAAGAAACUAACAACUGCGACAGCGUUAGUGAGGCGGUGCGGCUGUUGCUGCACCACGUGCAGGCAGCGGUGUCAGAGGCGAUCCUCUUUGGCCUCGUGCGCUGCAAGCGCCCCCUCAACUGCACCUCCUGCCCCGCCCACGCCGCCGCCGCUGCUGCCAAGGUUGCACCCUCUGCUGCGCCUGCCGCUGCUGAGUAG